AGGAACAGUAACGUAGUUAGCACGCUUAGAAACGAAAUUGAGCGAAUCGCGUUUAGGUUCAUAAGUAUAAUUUACUUCGAGAGAAAGCAAAUAGGCUUUCUCUUCAGAAUGGAAUGUUCCCGAGUUCCCUUUACUUAACAGUCCUUAACAAAAAAAAAAAAAGUUUUCAUGAAAUUAGCGUUUUGUACCCCUUAGCAAGAAGUGCCGUUACCGUACCAAGUGCACCAAACAUACCCAGUGUCAGUGUAAUUAAGAUAGUAUAAGUUUGUAUUCGAGCUACGUUACUUGGACCUUGACCGGUUUGGUGAAUUGUUUUAACAUAAUUCGAAGAAAUUGCCAGCUUAAAACCCCGGAAAACUAAUACGUUAUAAAUAAUGUACAGCCGGCAGUUCCCAGCUUCCAAAGGCGACCCCCUGUGCCCCCUUGGCUUCCACCCUCAGGUGCGCUGGCCAACCAGGUGCAAGCGAUGCUUCAGAGACUACAAGGAGCACGGCGGUCGCGGCCGGGAGCAGUCGGACUCGCUGCGCCGCGACGAGGCGACGUCGUCGUCGCCGAGUCUGAGCAGCUGGGCCACCAGCUCGUCGCCUUCACGCUCUCGUGAUGACAGUCGGAGCAGUACAGAUAGUGGCCUGGGUAGCAGCAGCAGUAGCCGUAGCAGCUGGCUGUCUUCUUCCUCACAGUCCGAGGACUCUUCUAGCAGCAGUAGCAGUGGGUCCUCAUCAAGAUUUGGGACUUCGAGGCCUGCCUCCUCCUGGACAUCAACACCAGAUUUAGGAAAUUUGAAAGAUGACACAACAGCUGAUAUUGCAACAUCAUUCAGUUUCACAUUACCUAGGCGGAAACCACAGCCUCAACCUCAAGAUACUGGGCAAGAUCGAGCAUCAUCAGCAGCAUCGGCCACUUAUUACUUUCGUCGGCACACUAGUGACCUGUCACAUUUAUUAGACCUGAGUAAUCACAGCAGCAGUCCAGCUCCAUCUGAACCUGUCAAGCAGCAGAAGACUACUCCAUCCCCAUCCAGAGCCCAGCAGAAUGAAGAGCGGGAAAACAUUAAUAAACAGAGGAGACUGAAGAUACAGUCACUGAAAGAGGUCCACUCCGUAGAUGCACCAACAAAUCCAGAAGUGGAAUUCAUUAUACAGGUGAAGAAAUCUGCCAAAAACAAAGAUGCAUCUAAGAAUAAUGCUGUAAACAAUAAAUCAAAAACAACAUCAUCAAUUCCAACAAGCAGUUCGUCGAGUAGCGGUACCAGCUCUGAAGACAGCAUUGAAGAUGAAAGUAGUGACGAUGAUGCAACAAGCACUGCUGGAACAGAAACAACAGAGACCACAUUAGUGAAUGACAAUGAGCUGCAGGAUCAGAUAGAAAGUCUGAAGCAGGAACUUGAGAUGACACGAAGUAGAUGUGAAAGAUUAGAACGUGAAAAAAGUGAUUUGUUGCUUCGGAGAAUAGCCUCUAUAGACAUGGCUCCAAGUAAAACUGCAGCUUCAGAGGUCCUUAAGUUGCAGCAAAAGGUGAAUGAACUACAGACACAACUGGAAGAUGUGAAAGAUGACAAGAAAAGUUUGUCUUUAAGAGUUAAGGAAUUGGAAGAAGAAUUAGAAACUCGUCCAGACAGGAAUGCCACUCAGAGAGUUGUGGAUGACUUGCGAUCAAAACUCUUGGCAGCAGAGACUCUGUGUGAAGAGCUCAUGGAUGAAAAUGAAGACAUGAAAAAGGAGCUGAGAGAUCUUGAAGAAGAGAUUGAGGAGUUGCAAGACAAUUUUAGGGAAGAUCAGGCUGAUGAAUACACAUCUCUGAAGAAAGAACUUGAGCAGACAGCAAAAAACUGUCGGAUAUUGUCCUUCAAGUUACGCAAAGCAGAACGAAGAGCUGAGCAGAUGGAAGCUGAGAAGCUUGAAGCAGAGCGAAAAUGCAGGGAAUUGGCAGGUGGACAGGCGGGCCUUGAUAAAAGUGAACAAAUCAAGCACAUGGAACAAGAACUUGCUGUGGCUAAUGAAGUGGCAAUCAGGCUGCAAAAAGAGCUAGAUGAAGCUCUACAAAAAGUGAAGGCUCAGGAAGAAGUUAAGGAAGACAAGAAACCUACAAAGAAACCUCCCAUGCUUGGUUCAAUUGGAAAAACAUCAUCAGGGGAGAAACUUUCUCGAGAAUCUUUAACCAGAGGGGGUUCUCAAGAUGAUCCUGCACAGUUACUCCGAGAUCUCCAAGAUGCAAUGGAGAGAGAAGCAGACUUAAGAGAGCAACUUCGUUUUGCUGAAGAAGAGGCUCAAAGAUUGCGCAAGAAGUCAGCUAGGGUCGAGGAUGAUAAUGAAUCGCUGGUGUUGCAGCUGAAGAAAAUGGCUACAAAGGCCAGAAGUCAUCGAAACAGUCCAGGUCCUGCUCGAUUGACACCAGAGCCUCCAAUAGAGAAAGAUGAGGGUAUAUCAGAUGAAGAAGACCCAGCAGAGUUGCGGUUACUACUUGAACUCAAUGAGCAGGAAGCUGCUGUUUUACGGAGAAAGGUUGAAGAACUUGAGAAAGAAGGAGAAACAUUAAAGAAGAAAGUUAAAGACCUACAGGACAAAUUAACAGCCAAAACAACACGUAAAAGUGCAGCUGCCAUUACAACACCAGAACCUGUUAAGGGAAGUGAUGUACUGUAUGAACAGAAAAUUAAGGUGCUUGAAGAUGAAUUGUCAGAGCUCCGAAAGAAACUAAUAGAAAAGGAGAGAGACUGUGAGAGACUUCAUGCUGAAUUAACAGUAACACAGAAACGAUUCUCCAAAGGAACCAUACAAAAGAGCAAGUCGCUGGACAGCAGUACAGAUCAACAAACACUUGACCUGAAACGUCAGCUUCAGGUCAUUGAACAGGAGGCAGCAAUUCUGAGAACACGAACACAAGCCCUAGAAACUGAAAAUGAAAAGCUUACAGCUGAAAACAAGAAAUUGCAGCUUGUCAGAGGUACUAAGAAAACUAUAAAUAGUACUGCCACUGAUGAAACGUCUGAUAGAGCAGUAGAAUUAAAGGAAAGAAUAGCAGAUUUGGAAAGGCAACUUGAAGAGGCAAACAAAAAGGUUAAAGAACUCCAAACAAAGAUUGAUGAGCAGGAAGAUGAGAAAAAGACCGCAGAGCCAAAAAAGAAAACUGUUAGUCCAGAAGUUUCAAAACUCAGGAAAGAGGUGAAGGCAAAGACUGAAGAAUUGGAGAAGUUAAAGACUAAUUUUACAAAGACUGAAAGUGAAAAUGAAAAAUUAAACCAGGAACUAAAACGGUUGAAAGAUGAAGCUUUACAAGAUGUGCUGAAGUACUACAAGCAACGUUCUCCAAAGAAACCCACUGAUCUGACAACUAAAUUACAGAUGAAGAAAAUGGUUGAGGAUCUAGAGAAUGAAAUUGGAGACAUCUUGGUAAUUUUGAACAAAUCAGAAACAGAAAAUCUGAGACUGAAAGGUGGGCUGAAGGUAUCUGCUGGUGUUGAAGAUGAUAAACUGCUGAAAGAAGCUAAAGAUAAACUGGAGAAAGAUCUGGAAAAGGCGACUGGCAGAGUAGAGGAACUUGAGAGGGAACUUAGAGAAGAGAAAGAUAAAGCUGAGAAAGACAGAAAGAAAGCAGUGAAGGACAAGAAAGUACUUGAGGAAGGUAAGAAGAAAUCUGAUGAGGAGAAGCAAAAACUGGAAGCAGAAAAGAAAUUGUGGGAAACAGAUAAGAAAAAGCAUGAGGAAACUGUUAGAAAACUGGAAGAUGAAAAGAGGAGAGCUACUGAAGAAGCAGAGAAACUGUUCAAGGAGAAACAGAUUCUUGAAGAUCAAGUGAUUACAUUAAAUGCUGAAAAGGCUGCAGCUACUGUGAAACAAGAUGAAAUUACAUUAUUUGUGAAAAGAAUAGAAGCACUGAAAACAGAGUUGGAAGAAGAGAAAAAACAAGGUGUUGAGCAGAGGAAGAAGCUUGAAUCCCUUCAGAAGAUGGAACAGGAGAAAAAUAGAUUGCAAAAGGAGGUCACAGAAAAUAGUACAAAAAUGGCAGAACUGGAAAAGAAAGCAAAGGAAGCUGAAGAAAAGUUGAAGAGGACAGAAAGAAUUCUUUCAACAAAUAAAAACAAAGUUUCUAAACUGGAGAAGGAGCUAGAGGAAGAGAAGGAACGUGCAAGAGCAGCUGAGGUGACUCAGCAAGGUGUGGCAGCCAGUUGGCUAGCUGAAAGAGAUGGACUUAAGCAGCAGAUUGCAACACUUCAGUCGCAGAUAGAUUCCUUGGAAGCAACACUUGGUGGGAAGACAGUGCUUAUUGAACAGCUGGAAAAGACCCUUAAAGAAGAGAGAGAAACUGUUUCCGAUGCCACUGAAAAGGCUCGUUCAGCUGAAAGGAAUGAAAUUUCUUCACUGCAGGACAAACUGUCAUCUAGCAAAGGGGAAAUUGAGGAACUGACAAAGAAGCUAGAGAAGGCUGAAAAGAAUCUUAAAGCAAAUGAAGAGAGGAACAAAAAAUUAGAAGCUGAAUUAAAAACGCAGCGAAGUGAAUUAGAAACAAAAGUGUCAGGACUUGAAGCUAACCUGCAGGCAGAGAAGAAGAAAUGUGAAAGACUCAAAGCCAACCACGAGAAAGAACUGAAGAAUAGGGAGCAAGAGUUAACCAGUCUUCGAACAAAACUGAAAACACUAGAGAGUAAUAGUGGAGCAAGUACAAAGAAGUUAACAGAAGUGAAGCAGGAGUACCAGGAGAAAAUAGACAAACUUGAAGAGGAAUUAGCAAAUGAAAAACAGGAGUAUGAAGAUCUUACUACAAAAUAUGAAAUGCUUGAAGAAGAACACGUUGUCACAAAAGCCCAGCUGGUCAUGGAAAAAGAGACACUGCAGGGUCAACUCCUGUCCCUAAAGAGGGAAUUGGCUAGUGCAGAGUCAGAACUUCGUACUCUGAGAGAGACAUACAACUCUAAGCAAGAUGCUUGGAUUAAAGAAAAACUGGACCAACAGGAGAAACUAAAGGAACUGGAGGCAAAAACAGCAAGAAACGCUGAUGAGGCUUGGGCACAAGAGAAAGCAAGGCUGAAAACUAUUGUUGAGGAGAAGAACAAGGAAAUAGAAAGUGUGAAGAAAGAAAAGCGUGUUUUCAGUGAUCAGGCUGAUCAUUUCCGCAAAGAGAAUGAAGAACUUCGACGAAAGCUGGAUGACUUUGAGAAAGUGGCGAAGGUACAACGAAAUAUAUCUGGAGAAACAACAGUAAUGGAAAAAGAGAUUCGCGAAAUGAAAAAUAAAUUGUAUCAAGAAGAAAAGUCACAUAAAGCAGAAGUAGCUCAGCUAAAACUGCGUUAUGAUAAUCAGAUGGCACUGAUUGGAGAGGAAAUACAGUCCUUACAGGCACAGGUUACCAGAUUCAAGAGAGAACGUGACAAUUACAGGCAUAUGCUGGAUGCUGCUCAAAAGACAAUUGCAGACCUGAAAGCAAUGCCGCAGAAAAGUAGAAAGGACAGUAAAUCUGCAGAUGGUGAUGUGGAUGAAGAUGAAGAAAUGCGGAAUAAAAUAGCAUCUUUGGAGCAACAAGUCAGCUGCAUGGAAGAUGAACUGUCGGAAGCAAGACUUGAGAGUUCCAAGCUGAAAACUGAGCUAGUCUCAGAACGGUCUUCAUGGGAAAUCAAACUGGCAGAAAUGCAGUCAAGAGUUAAUGAGUUAGAAGAGGACAGGAUAUUGAGCACUGGUCGAACAAAGAUAGCAGGAAUGCGAACCCGCAUGGAGUUAGCAUGGCAGAAGGAGAGAGAAGAGCAACACAGGCUUCUGCAAGAAACAUCAACACUUGCUCGUGAUUUGCGCCAAACAUUGUUUGAAGUUGAAAGAGAAAGGGAUAAAGAACGUCUUGAAGCAAAGAGGCGACUAGACCAGUUGAAGAAGUCAACAGAAGAAGAACAGGAGGAAAAUAAAAAGAAAGUUUCUGAGUUACAAUGUGACCUACUUGAGCUAAGAGAUGCUCAUGCAAAGUUAAGAACCACAAAUGAAAAACUUCGUAGAGAGAAAGAAAGAUAUGAAAAAGAGAGGGAAGAAAUGCGACAAGUAAUUUCAGCACGGAAGAGAGCAGAUCAAGAUGAGGAACGUAAAGUGAAUAUGAUCAUCCAACAGGUUGAUGAGCUGAUGAGGCUAGCACCUGAUCUUUUCUCUGGUAAAGAAAAAGCAGCUACUACAGCAGCGUCAACUGCACAAUCUCCAUCAACUCCCACCCCGCCAAGAAGACUUAAGGGUCCAAAGUCACGUGAGUCAUCACCGUCACUGGAGAGAAAAGAAUUUGUCAAAGAAUCCUCUGUGGAUAGGAAAAUACAGUUGCAAACAACAAUGCAGAAAUUAACUGAAGUAACUGAAGAACUGCGAAAACAACAAAAACUCACUGAAGAAGAAAGAGAUCGUGACCGUGCUAGAAGAGCUAUGGGGAUGAGAAGAGCUGCCUCAACAGAGUCUGAUAAUCCUCCAGAAGUUCGCAUGCGCCCAAAGACAGGGAACAGUAAAGGAAUUCAGCAGAAAGGGAGCUUAUACAGAAAGAGCCUUUCUCUGGAGCAGACAUCAGCACAAGAGCAGCAGUCAAUCUGGACAGAUACAGAGAACGAAGGCAGCCUAUCAAGCUUACAGUCUGUAGGAUCAGACACAUUUUAUCCACUUAAGAGAAGAGAAACCAGCAUGGACAGUCGUCUUUCUGGUGGCUCAACACAAAGUGAAACUCCACAUUCCACAGAAAAGAAAAAGAAGAAGAGUUUAUUGGGGAAACUAAAGAAACUUACAAAGUCUCGAAGCACCGAAGAGACCAAUACUGCAUCGGAUUAUCCUAUGUCGGCCAGUGCUCAGGGUUCUGAUUUUGGUGGAUCUGGUUCUGAUAUCAGUACAGGAGGGCAAGAAGAUCGGGGAAGCAAAAAGGAUAUGAGAGAUCGGCUCACUGGCAUGUUCAAGAAGUCAGGAUCAAGGAGUAAUAGCUUGGAACGAAGUACCAGAGGUAUCAAGGAUCAGAGUCCAGCACUUUCCGAUCGCUCUGAAUCAGUUGCAAAGAAAAGUGGUACCUUGCCACGCCCUUCACCAGCUAGAAGUGAUGUUGGCCCCACAUCAAGUAUGGCAAGACCUCUGUCACCUGGAGUCAAGAGACCUACUACUCCAACCAUUCCAUCAAAUACUACAAAACUACAUAGACCUAAAUAGUACUGUUGGAUGGAAAUCAAGAAACAGCAAACAAAGCAGAGCCUGAAAACUUUCAGGGAACAUUAUAGUGUAAAAUGUGUGGCAAUAUAGCUGUUAAUUAAGCUGUUUAAAACUAGUUUCCAUCUUGCCAAGGGAAAAAAAAAAAACAUCAAGUUUCACCUGACAGGGGAGACAGUAAGGGUAGCUGGGCAUUUCAAGCCAUGCUACAAGUACUUUGAUUGCUGGUGUAACAUUUUCUCCAUCACAACAUACAGAAUUAUGCCAUAAAUACAAUAAUAUUAAAAAAAACACAUUGUGUCUGGAUGGAACCCAACACAAUGAUACUAGACUUCAGUGCACAAGAAUUCAUUUCCAAGCUGCUUUGCCACUUCAUAAAAGUGGCAUAAGCAGUAAACAACUUUGUCAUGUUUUACAAGGUUCUGGUUUUGAGAUACUGCUGACAGGGCCAGUAACUUCGUUCUUUCAAAGUCUGGGAAAUAUUCACAAUAAAAAUUUCACUCUAAAAUUUCAGAUGGAUGUUAUAACGAGUAAAUGGGUGACACGGGUCCAGAGGGGCAAAGGAAGCCACAUGGGAUACUUUAACGUACAUCUUUUCCCCAAGAUGACACUAAGUGUGUUGUGAUGCAUUGAAUUCUCUUGUACAAGAGCCCCAUAUUUUACCUCGUUGCCAUUCCGUAUUUAGUAGAAUAUUAAUUUCAAUUUUCCUUCACGUUAAUUCUUCAUUCCAGAUAUUAAUUUGAGGUACUGAAAUGAUUUCGAAGUUUCAUAUGCAAAACACAAUAAUUGUUUGGAGUUUUUUUUUUU